AUGUUCCCCCAGGUCGCGGAAUGCUACAAGAGUAGCACUGCAGAUGCUGCUCGCAACCAAUUGGGAAGCCGUCAGCCGCACCAUCUCUUACGGAACCUCCCACCGUCUUCUGGGAAUAAAUAUACGCCCGAGGAGAUUAGGUAUACUCUCGAAGCGAGCGUCGUGCAACAGGGGCUCAUACGCCGGACCCACAAAGCAACGCGGGACGUAUCCUUUCAUCCGGUAUCUACCAUCCGGCAACCGUUACAUAGCUUGAAAAUCAGCAAGACCGUGAAUCUUAGCACAAUUGCCUCGGAGCUACUAUGUCCACCCCUGACCUACGAGGUCGAGGUCGAACUGCAGAACGGACCAUUCCUCCUGCUCGGACACCCCAUUGCGCUGGGAGUCAAAAUCAUGCACAUGAAUGGCGAAAAAAAUGCGAUAUCACUGCAAGAUUUCCAGACCAUGCUCCGCGAAACGACAGAGAUCCGAGCACGCGGGUCGAUACAAGGCUUUACUCGAUCGUGGGUCGUACAGACGAUGACGAAUUUGCGCCAGCCACUCGUGGCUGCGAACAGGCCAACGGUUGGAUCUGUAUUGGAACUCGAUGACAGACUAUGGAGUCGACAUUGCGUACCGGUACACCUGGCUCCCACAUUUGAAACGUGUAAUCUCAUCCGACGCUACAAACUUGAAAUCAGACUUGGCAUUGAAUUUGGCCGAAACUACACAAGAAUCCUGGAGUUUGAAUUCCCCGCGUAUGUUUUGUUGCCCUCAUUUACACGAUUUACGCAAUCCUGUGUCGGAAGCCUGGAGCCUAUACUAGACCGAUGGGAGAGACAUGUCCCCAAAAAGGAGUAA